UUCAUAGGCAGGUUGUAUUCAGUUAUGAUUGAGAAAAAAUUUUGGUAAAUGAUUUGCUGGCUCACAUGCAGUUGAGACUAAGUGAUCCGGUUAUAUUAACUAUUUAAUGCUAGAAUUCUGAUAUAUCAUUAUAAAUAAUCUCCUAUGGACUUAUGUCACAUGCAGAUCAGAAUUAAAAUAAUGACUCCUGCCUUGUUCCCUGAUUAAAGUUGGAAACUGCAGAUGAUAAUUAUUUUAAUUACUGGCUGUUAUACAGUACCUCAUUAAAAUGUAUAAACAGCUUAAACAAGUAUAUGUAUAUAUCUGGAAUUAUACUGUAAGAUAAAUCUUAAUUGAGUGACCUGGAAAAAAAAAUUACAUUUAUGGCAACUGGCAGACACCCUUAUCCAGAGCAAUGUACAAAAGGAGUCUCUAUCAAUAAAUCCAUCACGACUGUUGUAAGGAAUUAUAGCACAAAAUACACAAAACAAACAGGGAAAAAUAAGUGCUACUUUCAGGAAGAGGCAGGUCUUCGUGUGUUGUUGAAGACAGUCAGCGAGAGACGCUGGGACCAGUCGAGCAGUGCUAGUAGAUUGUAGGGACCGUGGUGCAGUGCAAGGAGUAAUAAGAGCUUUGAGGUAAGAUGGUCCAUUCUUGGCUUUGAAGGCAAUCAUCAUUGUUUUGAAUCUGAUGUGUGCAGCUACCAGAAGCCAGUGGAGAGAGUGCAGCAGUGGGGUGGUGUGGUAGUACUUAGGCAGGUUGAAAACAAGUCACGCAGCUGCAUUUUGGAUCAUUUGCACGGGAUAAAUUGUGUUCAGAGGUAGACCUGCCAGUAGAGAGUUGCAAUAGUCCAGUCUCAAAAUGUCUGAACAGAGGCUGUGUGGAUAAAAAUGGCCAAAUCCUGAUGUUGUAGAAAAGAAACUGUCAUGAGCUUGUCACAUGAGCAACAUGUUAGGAAAAGGACAGUUGACUGCACAUGAUUACCCCAAGGUUGUGAACUGUGGCCGAAGGGGAGAUCAGAGAGUUGUGUAUGGAUAUUGCAAUAUCCUCACCUGGGGAUGAAUCACCUGGGAUGACCAGCAGCUCAGUUUUGCUGGAUUGAAUUUCAGCUGAUGAGCCAUCAUUCAUUAGGAAAUGUCUGCCAAAUAGCUGAGAUCUGAGCAGAAGCCAUAGUAUCUGAGGCAGAUACGGUGAGAAGAUAAAGGAGAAGAUAAGGUGAGUGUCAUCAGCAUAGCAGUGGUAAGAGAACCCAUUUGAGGACAUAACUUUGCCCAGAGAGUGAGUAUAUUGGAAGAAAAGGACAGAACCAAGUACUGAGCCUCGUAGGACACCAAUGGAGAGUCUGUAUGGAGUAGAUUUUCGAUCAAGGGAAUUUUUGUAAGAUAUUUGUGCAACAUGCUUUCUUGUUCUACUACUAAUGUACUUGUGCUUUUCCCUGUCCCCUCAUUUUCUAAGUAUUAUCAUUAGUUUAACCAUUGCUUUCUUUUUUAUUCAUUUCUAAGCCAUUGUAUACCAUCUUGAACCUAAGUAUACAGAUAAUUUUGUACAUCUGGGUUUGAGUUGUUUGUUUCGAAAUAUACAAUGAAAAUGAGUCAUGUGGCAUAGCAAUAGACAUGACUGGCUGAGCACAGCCAAAGUGUAACCUUAAUUUCUAACAGAGCAGAUUUGUAUUGGACAACCUCCAUGGUGACUCCAACACCACUUACUGCAAAAUCACUGACUUAUGUGCAGCAACGAAAACGGUAUCUGGAACCAAGGAACUGUGUGGACGAAAUGCCAAGUAAAGCUCAAGAGGAUGCUGUGAUCAACAUGAAGUCUAUACAGGACAUCUCAAAACAACUGGGCUUUGAGUGGCCAGUUCUUGCGUAUGAGCUGGGCUUCACAAGAACUGAAGUCACGCAGUUUCACACCACAUCGAAGGAGAAGAAGGAUCAGGCCAAGAGCAUGCUGGAGUCCUGGUAUGAGAGGUCUUGGGAUAAACCUAAUAAGACUAAAGUGCUGCAGGAUGGACUGGAGCGUGCUGGCCGUAGAGACCUGGCUGAGAGGCUGCGAUGUCUUCACUGGGGCCACCAGAAACUCAGCCGGAGAAUCGAGCUGCCUUCUGCCUUCCCCUUUCUCAUAACUGUCCACAAGACUAUAGAUAACAAGGAGGCCCUGAGGAGAAUCAAUGAGCUUAAUCGCAGUUACACCUAAUAUCAUUGCUGGUAAAAACAAAACAAAAAAAAAAACACACUUCAGCUCUCUGAUGUUCUGGAUACGCCAAACUGAAUGGAAACAGACUUAUCACUUUAAAUUAUGUCAAAAAAUUUUUUUUGGUUUGAAGAUUGUUAAUUAUAUUUACAUACUGAUAUACAGAUUUGAAUGCUUUAAAAUUAUUUAGGACAAA